UUAUUUCCCGUGUUUCGAGCUCUUCCGUUUUGUUUUCCUCUGCUCCAACAUGACACAGUAUUGACUACAGUAAACAACCAAGACAAACAACAAAACAUGAAUAUCUUCAUCUCAGGAUUCGCCAUCCUCAGCGUACUGUGUGCAGUAUUGUUUAUUUACACCAGAACUGCUUUAACAACCAUCAGCGAUGCCGCUUUCAAAAAUUUCCAACGUGUCUAUUUGGUCGUCUACCUGCUGGCCAUGGCGGGAGACUGGCUACAGGGCCCCCAUGUCUACGCCCUCUAUGACAGUUAUGGCAUGUCAACACACCAGAUUGAGGUCCUAUUUGUGGCUGGGUUCGGGUCCAGUAUGAUCUUUGGGACAGUUGUCGGGUCCUUUGCUGAUCGAUAUGGAAGAAGAGCUAACUGCAUUCUGUAUGGAUUUCUAUAUGGAGGAGCAUGCAUUACCAAGCACUUUAACAACUUUUACAUCCUGAUGCUGGGGCGACUUUUGGGAGGAAUCGCCACCUCCAUCCUAUACAGUGCCUUUGAGUCCUGGAUGGUGUAUGAACAUCAUAAGAGAGGAUUUGACCAGGAAUCCCUUGGAAAUAUUUUCAGUAAUGCUGUGUUGGGGAAUUCCUUGGUGGCCAUUCUAGCAGGCUUGGUAGCCCAGACUUUUGCAGACAGAUUUGGAUUUGUGGCUCCGUUUGAUGUGGCUCUGACUGUCCUGACUAUAAUGACAAUCAUUAUUGUGUUUACGUGGGGCGAGAACUUUGGAGACAAGACAGGAAACUGGAAACAAAACUUUACAAACGCACUGGUAGCCAUUCGCAAUGAUACUAAAAUCUUAUGUUUGGGACUGAUUCAAUCCCUGUUUGAGGGCUCCAUGUACAUCUUUGUGUUGGAGUGGACCCCUGCCCUGACUCCAGAAACUAAACCAGGCUCAACUGAGAAACAUGAAUCCAUCCCUCAUGGUCACAUUUUUGCUGCAUUUAUGGUCUCAAUAAUGAUAGGAUCAUCCAUCUUCAAACUUUUAUCUAAAUAUACCAAUGUAGAGUCCUUUAUGAGAGUUGUUUUAUUCACUGCAGCAGUCUCGCUUACCACACCUAUUUUAUUCAAAGGGCACCAGUUAAUUGUGUUCUGCGGGUUUCUAAUAUUUGAGUGUUGUGUUGGUAUAUUCUGGCCAUCCUUAGGACAGAUGAGAGGGAAAUAUGUCCCCGAUGAUACUCGAUCCACCAUCAUGAAUUUCUUCAGAGUCCCAUUGAACAUGAUUGUAGUAGUGAUAUUAUUACAGAACCUGCAGAUGAAGGUGAUAUUUGAGUGCUGUGUGGCGUUCCUUAUGUUGGCCACCGUCUGUCAACAGUGGUUAUACAGUUCAGCCCAGCAGUCCCAUGCCCUGGAAACAAAGAAACCACUCCCUGAAGAAGCCGAGAUUUUAGUAUCAGAGGAAAUGGCUUAAAGAACAGGCGUAUCUCAAACAUCAGUGGGCAGACUUGUGAUUGUUAAAUCUAUUGCAACAAUUUUUUUUUUUUUUUUUGAAUAAUUUGGAGAUAAGAAAAAAAUAAUUAGGCAAUAUAUCAUUAACUUAAUUAAUAAUACAAAACUUUGAAUGUGAUAUAUGUGUUCAUGUGAAUACGUUUUAAUUAUGACAAACAGUGACAUGAAAUUUGUAAAAGAUUAUAUGUGGUACAAAAAAAUAUGACUUCAUAUUAAGCAGUAUAUUCAUGUAUUUAUCAUGUUUAUGGAAUGAAGGUGUCUCGAAUUCUAAUUUUAGCAGAACAUUUCUUUAAGGAUUCAAUAGAGAAACUUUGAAUAUUCAUUGAUUUUUUCUGUCGUGAAAAUAAAAUCUAAUUUGAAAUUAUUUAUUUCUGACCAUAGAAAAACAUUAUAUGGUAUUCAUUCAAAUUUCAUACAUACAUGUAUCAUUUAAAGGGGCAUGGACACAAUUUUGAAGUUUAUAUCCAUCAAAAGUUUCGGUAGAAUGCCCCUCAUCCCCUUAAAUGACAUGCUUGAUUGCAAUUUACAUUAAUUUUGUGUAAUCACGAUAUUGAUGCAUGUAUAUUAUGUAUCUUUACACUCAAUCCAAUAUAAUAUUUUAUUUUCUCUAAAAUUAAUGAUGAAAGUAUUUUUCUGGAUAAAACUGUAUGUCUUAUAAAUCUUAUUACAGUACUAUAUAUAAUUUUCAUGUUCAUAAUGCAUGUUGCAAAAAAUAUAUAUAUAUAUGUUUAUACUGUAAUGUAUUUUAAAAGCAAUCAGAUUAUAUUCAUCAUGAAUUUUUAUAGAAGAAUUGAAACAUUACGUAGCUUGAUGGUUUGACCUUUGACAUGUAGAUGAGCUUUUUUUUUUGUCAAAUGUUUGAGGUGAGGAAUCUCAGAUUCACUCUGUUUGUGUAUUGUUAAAUUUAAGAAUGUACGUUUGUCCUACAAAUAAUUUUAGUCAGUGUAUGUACCUGUAUGCAUUCCAACAUAUCAGUUAGAGAAUGACAAUAAAUGUCUGUGUCCUGUGGGAAACACUGAAGAUUGGUGUUGUAUAGGGUUUGGGAGAGUUUGUGAUGUUAAGAAACAAACUUGUUUGUUGAAAUUCCUUGCAAUUUCACUUCAUAUGAUUUUUAUCAUCAGAUUUUGAUACACCAGUGAAUUAAUUGUCUGUAUUGCACUAACAGAGUGUUUAAUGUAGAGUUGGAUUUGGGCAGCCAUUAUUUUAAAAGUACAUGUACAUUUUAAUGGCAUGUUCAAAUCUGCUUGUCUUGUUUGUUGGGUUAAUCAUGCAUUUCUGUACAUUUUACUUUCAUUGUACAUGUAUGUUUAUAUACUUUGGCAUAGUCCUUUUUGCACUAAUUCGUGCUUAUGUGCAUGUAAAUGGAUAGCAUGUAUUAAAUUUAUCUUAGUAUGGAUAUGGUAAUUUCAGGUUGCACCAAAUGUCCCAUAUCUACAUUGGCACUAAAUUAAGCACAUUCCUAUACUGUAAUUUCUCAAACUUUUGUUUAAUAUAAAUUAUUUUUAUAGUCAUGAGGAAUUUACUUAGAUAUUUUUUUUCUUAUUUAAAAAAAAAAAAAAUCAGAAGUGACAAAUAAUUUUUGAUUUAUCUGUCUCAUAGGUUAAUCCAGAUGAAUUAAUUUAUGUAUUACAACAAACAACUUUUAAUUCUAGUGAUUAUAAUGAUAAUAAGAAAGAUCCUUAAAAAUUAUGGAAAACUAAAUAUCAGAUCAAGAAGCUAAGAAGUCCUGACUGUAUUAUGUAUAAUGUAAUGCUUUGUAGCUUUUAUCCAUAAUUUUCCAUAUUCACCAGCAAUGAUAUGUGUGUCUCUAUAUUCAUCCUACUUAAUAAUAAUAUCCAUUCUUUGUAUUGUUAAGUCCAUUUUAUGUUGUUAUAUUUAAACUUUUGUUUGUUAUUUCUUAUAUUCAGAAUCUGUGGGUGUGUAACAUUGCGCUGCUAGUUAUUAAUAAGAAUAUUUAUGUACGUAAACCAAAUAAAUAUGGAUGAAAUCUAAA